UUCUGUAAUUAAUUGUGACUUCAGAUUUGUCAAAUGAACCCCAGGUAUGUUUGAAUCAGCUGUUAAAGACUUGUCACUUUCACUCGAACAAACUGGAACAGAUCAUCUUUCCUUCUGCAAAAACUGGAGGCUGGAAAAUAAGAGCAAGUCUGAACUUAUCUACUGCACACAUACACACUAAGCAAACACACAGCAGAUCCUGAGGUGUGUAUCCAGGAGACGAUAGAGUGUGUGCGCAUGUACAUGCAUGCUUGUAUCACAGAGCACGCCCUCUGUGCACCUCUGCUCUGCACAUUCUUUACAGAAACACAGCAGAGACACGGUGCAGAGACCUAAGUCCACAGAAUGGCAGAAAAAGAAAUAAUCCGUGCUGAAAUCAAACAGUCAGCACAGUGUGGUCUCACAGCACCCUCUGCAGGCUCACACAGUGUACUGCAGGACAGGCUGAGCUUCUCUCCUCUGGACUCCAAUGAUGACAGAACCGUGCAGCCCUUUCCUCGCUCUCCGAAACUGAAGAAAAAGAUGGCAAGCGCCGGACCGCCUUCUCAGGAGCAGCUGGGCAGACGUUUAGAGGAGCUGCAGGCAGAGAGAUCCAGAACCGAGGCUCACAUCCAGUCUCUGAAGAAACGCCGGGCCGACCUCUCUAGGAGCACUGAGGUGAUGAAGCAGCAGGUGAGAGAGCGCUUCGAGAGCAUGCAGUCGGUCCUGAGGCAGGACGAGCAGGCCGUCCUGGACUCUCUGGAGCUGGACCUGAGACAGACUAGGACUAGACUGGACCAGGUUCUGAAGAGCUGGAAAGAACACCAGGACCAGGUCUCUAAGAAUAUCAGCGGCACUCAGAGAGCGCUGAGCGAGAGUGCACAGAGAGGAGAGGAGGAGGAGAAGGGUCAGCAAGGGGGUCUGAGCACGAAGAAGCCGGACGCCUCAGAGACUGAGAUCCGACUAAAUGAGGAGAGGUUUGAGAAGCUGUUGAAGACGUUAUCGUCCAUCUCCAAACAGCUGAGAGCUCAGCUGCAGAGGAAGGCUCUGCUGAUAGAUUCUUCUACCGUGAUGAUCGACAAGAAGACCUGCCACAGUGACAUCACAUUGACCUCUAAUGGGCAGGGCAUGUUAUUCUCAGGCUCCGCCUCUCUGGCUCCAGAGCACCCCCUUCAGUUUGACAGAGUGUGCUGCGCUCUGGGUGACUCCCCUCUCGCGGCCCCUAAGAGUUACUGGGAGGUGGAUGUCCGCUGCAGCUCGGCCUGGGCCGUGGGUGUGGCCUACGCCUGCCUGGAGAGGAAGGGGAGGGACAAGGGGGCGAAACUGGGCCGGAACAGGAACUCGUGGUGCUUGGAGCUGCAUAAUGGGCAUCUCAGCGCCUGGCACAAUGACCGGCACGUUGCAUGUCAGGGUGUCGGGCAGACGGCGCUGCAGAGGGUUGGCGUGUGGGUGAAUCAGGAGAAAGGCCGGCUGGUGUUCUAUGACGCAGACAGCAUGGCGGUGCUGCAGAGGUUCUCUGCCGCGGUGACGCCCGUGUUCGAUCGAGCUCAUCAUCAGUUCACUGAGCCGCUGUACCCCGCUGUGCGCUUCCUCAAACCACCUGAACACCAAACAUGGCCCAACCACGUGGAGCUCUGUCACCUCCUCAACCCCUGACUCUGCAGGGAUGCCGAGGUGGAAGUGUACAGACUUCUCCGCCCAUCUAUGCCCCGUUAAAUCAGCUUUGCAAAGAAUGCAUCUAAACACACACUGACCUGAAGUCGAUGUCCAGCAGCAGACUCUUCAUGGGCUUGUUACUCUGCUCCAGGUUCCUCACCUUGAUCAGCUCCUGCAGUCUGUAACAAACAGCAUCAGUCAUGACUCUGUCUUCAAUCACUUCUUCUUUAAACAUAAUAAAAACAUGUUAGUGU